GUUUGAUAAUUGUUAAGAUCGACUUCGUUAUGAUCAGUUAGCUUCUGGAUUCGAUAGAAUCCAGUCAUAUGAAAACAUGAAGAAUCUUUUGCUAGUAUCUAUUUAUUUUCUGGUAUUGUAUUGGGAAUGUGAUGCUGGAAACGAUGGUCUAGUUUUACGAGACUGGUGGCUAGAGAAAGGAACAGGAACACAAAUCGUAUUCACUUCGGAGGUGCAGAACGCCAAAGAGGCAGAGUAUCAUAGCGACGACUAUGGUGGUAUAGAGGGGGAUAUUCGCAUAGUGUGUGGACAAUACAAAGGCAUGGUAAAAGCUGAUAUCUACAGGAAUCAUGGAGUAUGGCUGGAUUCUAUCAUCUUGCAUGAUUUCAAAAAUGCUGCGUGUAAUAAAAUCAGAACAUACUGUCCUGAAAUAAUAGUGACAAACACCGAAGCAACCAUAACGUACACUAUGCAUAACAAAGGACAGUUGAAAUGUAAGAAAAGAACGUAUGCUAUAAAUAAGAAAAAAAUCUAUGCUCUAAUAGACCGUAAAGAGCUUGAAGAUGUUGAAUGUCCCGAAAAGGCGAAAAUUAAUCUAGGUCCACAUUUGAAUGACAAGGCAGAUUUUGGUGUAGUAAAUAUUUUGCCAAGUGGAGUUGGAGUGGACUUGGAAUACUUUGAAAACAUGAAAAAUUAUCAUUUUUCAAGAAGAAGUACACAAACUAAGACUCUGGACUCUGGACCUUUACUUAAAAUACAAUGUAAAGCUUAUUGCCAUAAAGACCAAGGUACAGAAGAUACAAUCGUAAUAGCAUCACUUGUCCAAACCUCUGGCUUAGUAGUGGAAAGAUUUAGAGUGACCUCUUGCAGUAGCCGCAGUAGCUUACAAAUCACACCUUCAACAACCACCUAUGGAUAUAAAACGAUAAUUGGGCUCGAGAAUAAUAAAAAAUAUGAAAGAGAAAUCAAACUGGAAGAUUUGGAAGGUAACGAAUACUAUACUGCAAAAACACUGACCGUUGGAGACUUCAAACCUAAAUAACAAGACUAUAACGAUGUUAUUCAGAAGAUAGGCCUACGGAAAAUCUAUUCCUAAAAUAGGUCUAAUCACAUUUUCCAACACAAUAAUGUGUUAUCAGGAAAUAAAAUGUCAUAGCCUAUG